CAGGGGACCCGCCUGCUGGCUCGUUUCCGGUUCGGUAAGUCCAAGAUGACCGAGCCCGGCGCUUCUCCGGAGGACCCCUGGGUUAAGGUGGAGUAUGCCUAUAGUGACAACAGUCUGGACCCUGGGCUUUUUGUAGAAAGCACCCGCAAAGGGAGUGUAGUGUCCAGAGCUAAUAGCAUCGGUUCCACCAGUGCCUCUUCUGUCCCCAACACAGAUGACGAGGACAGUGAUUACCAUCAGGAGUCCUACAAGGAGUCCUACAAAGACCGCCGGCGGCUAGCUCACACUCAGGCUGAGCAGAAGAGGAGGGACGCCAUCAAGAGAGGCUAUGAUGACCUUCAGACUAUUGUCCCUACCUGCCAGCAGCAGGACUUCUCUAUUGGCUCCCAAAAGCUGAGCAAAGCCAUCGUUCUACAGAAGACCAUUGACUACAUCCAGUUUUUGCACAAGGAGAAGAAAAAGCAGGAAGAGGAAGUGUCCACACUACGCAAGGAUGUCACAGCUCUAAAGAUAAUGAAAGUGAACUAUGAGCAGAUUGUGAAGGCACAUCAGGACAACGUCCACGAGGGGGAGGACCAGAUCUCUGACCAGGUCAAGUUCAACGUGUUUCAAGGGAUCAUGGAUUCCCUAUUCGAGUCCUUCAAUGCCUCCAUCUCCGUGGCCAGCUUCCAAGAGCUGUCAGCCUGUGUCUUCAGCUGGAUUGAGGAGCACUGUAAGCCGCAGACCCUACGAGAGAUUGUGAUUGGGGUGCUGCAUCAGUUGAAAAACCAACUUUACUGAUGGCUCCUGGAAACCUGCUAAGCAGCCAACAAGAGGCCUUUGAGUCUACUAUCUGGCCAUGGGACUGCUGGGCCUCCAAAGGGACUGCAACACCUUACACCGGUUGGCUGGUUUCUACUUGGUGUUUGGUUUUCCUAGCUCUACUUUAUCUUUAGUGGGGCUAGAAUGUUUGUUUUGUGAAAGUUCCUGAUUAAUUUAUUAUAUUGACCAUAAAGUCAAAUCUACCCAGUCUUCCCUCUCCUGGUAGAAUUCCUUAGGACAGGAAUUUGUUCUGAGUACUUUUGAGAGUUCCUGGCCUUUCUGCCCUCAGAUUUCUGCUUGUGAUCCACAUAUAUUUAGAAGCUGUUGGCCUCUGUCUUGGUGUCUUGGGUAAUAAUUGGCUCAAGUGUCGACAUUUUGGCUGUAGUUGAGUGGCGGAGGAGGGAAGGGAAACAGUCCCACUGCCAUGAGGGUGAAAGGCCACCUUGUAUCUGACUAGAACUGCCUACUCAGUGCUUCUGUGGCACUUUGGUCCUCUCUGCUGCGGGCACCGGGAGCAGCAGCCUCCUGUCUACCCUGCACUCGCCUUCCUAUAGGCACUGGCACAGCAUGGCAAAGGCAGGCAUGAUACAGCACUACACAUUUGAAAUUUUUUAUUUUCUUAAAUACUAACAAUGCAGUUUUGCCACAUUUACAAUUUUGGAAAAUUAAACAAGGAGGCCUCAACAUCACUUCAGCUUUUCUGUCCAGUGUGUCUGGGUCUCUGCCAGUGUUGCCCACAUUUCUCCCAGAACUUGGGGUGAGGCAAAAGGGUAUAGAAGACACUUGGGUCUUCUGGGAUUAGUCCUGGGUGAUGCUUUGGGCUCCUCAAAUACUGAUAUUUAGUAGCAGCUUUACCUUUGUUUCCCAAGCUCCCUGCUGCCUUCCUCAGGUUUGAUAUCUGGGAGGUUUGAAUAUCCAGAGGAAAUUAAAUAUUUUUAUAUGAAAUUAUAUCACAAUAAAUAUUGCCAAAUGC